UUUCUUUUUUUCCUUGCUAACAGUGACAAGACAACAUCUGUCCCUCUGCAGUCUCUCUCCUAGUCUUCCUGGGUUGUUCUGGACCGUCCACAUUGUUUCUGUAGCUUUCAUGAUUCUGAAUGGCUAGUGAAGAGGGAUGUUCAGUCUAAUGGCCAAUUGCUGCAGCUGGUUAAAACGGUGGCAGGAACCUGUCAGGAAGGUGACACUAAUAAUGGUGGGCCUUGAUAAUGCUGGUAAAACUGCUACAGUCCGAGGAAUUCAAGGAGAGUCUCCUGAAGACAUGGCUCCAACAGUUGGGUUUUCCAAGGUUGACCUAAAACAGGGACGCUUUGAAGUCACCAUCUUUGAUUUAGGAGGUGGAAAACGAAUUCGAAAUAUCUGGAGAAAUUACUAUGCUGAGUCCUACGGUGUAAUAUUUGUCGUGGAUUCCAGUGACAUUGCAAGAAUGGAAGAAACAAAGCAAGUCAUGAUAGAAGUUUUAAACAGCCCUAAAAUAUCAGGAAAACCUGUGUUAGUGCUGGCAAAUAAGCAGGACAGAGAAGGAGCUCUCUCAGAAGCAGAUCUAAUCGAGUCUUUAUCUCUGGAAAAGCUUGUCAAUGAACACAAGUGUCUAUGUCAAAUUGAACCUUGCUCAGCUAUCAUGGGCUAUGGGAAGAAAAUUGAUAAAUCAAUAAAAAAGGGUUUAUAUUGGCUUCUACAUAUCAUAGCAAAAGAUUUUGAUGCCUUAAAUGAGCGCAUCCAAAGAGACACUACAGAACAAAAAGCAUAUGAAGAACAAAAGAAACUAGAACGAGCUGAGCGAGUGAGAAGGAUACGAGAAGAAAGGGAAAGAGAAGAAGGAAGAAGUGUACCUGAUGAGGAAGACCCUGAGCCUGGGAACUCUGUAAACCCCUUCCAGCCUAUAUCUGCUGUAAUCUCUGAGAAUGAAAAACAAAUGGAAAAGAAGCGGCAAAGGUUGGAGAACGAAAAGGCUACAGUUGUCUUGAAAUCGCAAACAGAGCAGGAACAAAUGGAUGCCCAGCGCUUGUCAAAUAGCAGUAGCCAAAACACAAAUGACAGUAGACUAGAAACAUGCAAUUCUACAACUACACAGCUUUUGCAACAUGAAGAAGAGAAUGAGCAACAAGCCUCAGAAUGCCUUGACUCAGAUAACAGUAAGAAAAAAAAUAAAAAACCUAAAUUAAAAAGAGGCCACAGAGUAGAACCUGUUAAUGCAGAGGAUACUAUUCCCAAAAAUCCUACACCACCACCAGCUCUUCCACCAGUUGGCUGGGGAACUCCCAAACUUAAUAGACUUCGAAAACUUGAGCCUCUUGGUGAAACACAUCAUGCUGAUUUCUAUGGAAAGCCUCUGCCGCCGCUGACUAUACGCCAAAGACCCAACAGUGAUACCCAUGAUGUCAUUGCUUAACUGGAUCACAAACAGCAUUUAAAAGAACAUAAUAAAAAAACUGUAUCAGAAAUGGUUUUUGCCCUUGAAGGAAAA